GCCGUCGUCUGAUAACACGUAUACCGUGUUCGGGCGAAGGAAACUUUCCGCAUACUAUAGGUACCUUUGAUUCAUAAUAAUAAUUAUUAAUAUUUACCUACCAAAUGUAUCGGGUUUUCUCGUAUUGUAUAUGAUUAUUGUCGUUAUCGAUUUGUCUAUUUUUUUGUUCCGUUUUUUUUUUUUCUAUUAUUGCUUACAUUAUAUUUACGCGUAACUACGUGCGCGUCCGACGACAGUGAUGUACAGCACAUGUGAUACGCUGUGCACCGGACAAAUUUCAUAGUGACGCUCGGGGGUGGCGGCGGCGGCAUGAUGAUCGGAUACCGCGGUCGUGGUCUUCGGACACUGCAGGCCGUAACCUUAGUGUACACGGCGUUUUGCGUCCAAACAGUCCAACCGGCGUGCAGUGAUGACAGUACCGCGGACGGUGGUAAUCGCGUAGAAAUGCUCAUGUGGCUAACAGACCCAUGUCGGUACGACCGUUGGACAAGACCAAUACCACCAGACGGUAACAGUAAAACCGGAGCACCUACGCGAGUAUCUGCUCGAGUAUAUGUAUACUUUUUAGGAUCAGUAGAGGCCCAACAGCUGCAUUUCACGGCCCAUUUAUUGAUACGGUAUCGGUGGCGGGACGAUCGGCUCGUACAUUCUUCUUCCAAGUCUUCUAUACAGGGCGAGAACAAACUUAAGGAACGGGUAUGGACUCCGCAUGUUUACAUCGUCAAUGAACACGAUUCAAACAUAAUGGGAUCCGGUCGCCAAGACAUACUAGUCACGGUUCAACCGGAUGGAACAGUUCUGUAUUCAGCUAGGUUAAAAGUUUCAUUAUUAUGCAUGAUGAAUUUACAAAAAUUCCCAUUUGAUCAACAAACAUGUCCUUUGAUACUGGAAAGCUGGACUUACAACAAUACUCAUUUAGAAUUGGUGUGGGAACACGAUUCUCCUGCAAUAUUGAAUAGCAAUUUGCGAAUGACUGAAUACAAUUUAGUGUCAAUUUGGACAGACGCAACAGUCAGUGAAUACACGUUGUUAUCAACAACCGAAAAUAAACACGUAAAAAAAAAUGAAUAUUCUCCAUUAUCCGUUGAACAUGUACAUUAUUAUGGAAAAUUUGCUGGUAACUAUAGUCAGUUAAUAGUUAACUUUGAAUUAGAACGCGAAGUUGGUCAUUACAUAAUGGACUAUUACGUACCAAGUAUUAUGCUUGUAGUUGUAUCAUGGGUAUCGUUUUGGUUAGACCCAAAUGCAGUACCUGGUCGCACAACAUUAGGUACCAGUACAAUGUUAACAUUCAUUACACUGUCCAGAAACAUAGGUAGCUCGUUGCCAAAAGUUUCUUACAUUAAAGCUACUGAGAUAUGGUUUCUUGUGUGCACAGCAUUCAUAUUCGGUUCGUUGGUGGAGUUUGCAUUUGUCAACACCAUAUGGAGACGAAAAAAAAACGUGGAACUGAAAAAAGUCAAUAGUAAACAUAUUUUUAAGUCGACAUUAACGCCUCAGAUGCAACGUAAGUCAAUAUCUGUCGACAGCGGUAUUGACAGAGGUGCUGCUGGUGCUAGUCCUACAGUGACAAGUGGAAAAUUAAAUAGAAGAGAAAAUAGAUCGAGGAGUUUACUGACUGUUGGUGAUUUGGAUUCUGCCGUGUGCACCAAUCCAGAACCUCUUGAAAAUUUUAGUAUCCGGGUACCAACGUUGAACGAUAAUAAAACUGUCGGUAGCGGAGGUUUGUUUACAUUAACUCCACAAGAGAUCGCUCAAUGGAUCGAUCAACGCAGUCGUAUUGCAUUUCCUGCAGCGUUUCUCGUAUUUAACUGUUUUUAUUGGCUUUAUGUUUAUGUUUGAACAAUGUGAUAACUAUAUUUAAUAUAAAAAUAGAUGUUUUGUUAAUAAUUUUUGUUGAUGUUAGACAUAUAUUUUUUCAAGUUCAAAAUGUAUGAUUGGGAAUCACAUUUUAUGAGUAAAAAGUUGCAUUCACAAUGUAAAC